GCCGCCGCCGCCGCCCCCCUCCGCCGCGAUGCGCGUUCUCGCCGCAGCGUGUGCGCGUCGCUGCCGUUCCUGCGGAAUCCAGGGGGGCUGUUGUCAGACUCCGGAGACAGACACCCACCUAGUAAAUAAUGAACAACAAAUUUGACGCUCUGAAAGAUGACGACAGCGGCGACCACGAUCAGAACGAGGACAGCGGCUCACCGAAAGAGUGUGAGAAGGAAGAAAGCGAUGAGGAAGAUAAGGAGCAGAACACUGCCAAAAAGAAGACAGUCGUACCCGGGGCCGGGGAGCACCCGCUGCAGUACAACUACACCUUCUGGUACUCGCGUCGCACCCCGGGACGACCAGCCAGCUCCCAGAGCUACGAGCAGAACAUCAAGCAGAUCGGGAGUUUUGCCUCUGUGGAGCAGUUCUGGCGCUUCUACAGUCACAUGAUCCGGCCCGGCGACCUGACGGGCCACAGCGACUUCCACCUCUUCAAAGAGGGCAUCAAACCCAUGUGGGAGGUAGCCUGUGAGGCCAGAAUGUACCCUGAUAUGGGGAAGGUGCCACUACUGGGGGAACUGCAAGAUGAUGCGAAUAAGAGUGGGGGCAAGUGGAUCAUUCGCCUGAGGAAGGGCCUGGCUUCCCGCUGCUGGGAGAACCUGAUCCUGGCCAUGUUGGGGGAGCAGUUCAUGGUGGGGGAGGAGAUCUGUGGUGCCGUGGUGUCUGUACGUUUUCAGGAGGACAUUAUCUCCAUCUGGAACAAGACGGCCAGCGACCAGGCCACCACCAGCCGUAUCAGGGACACCCUUCGUCGGGUGCUGAACCUGCCGCCCAACACCAUCAUGGAGUACAAGACCCACACAGACAGCAUCAAGGCGUGGGAAGAUUUUCAUGGACUCGUCAACGCCAGUGGGGGGCGCUAAAAUUCCUGUGAGCUUCUGCCAAGGCAGAAGAGAGACCGUGCGAUGUGAUCGUCUCGGCCGCUGUGAUUUGGGCAAUGACUGUUCCGGAGCCUUUAGGGGGAAGCAGAAGAGCCAGGCAGCCCCCUUCUGUGUGUAAUGUGUCUGUCCCACGUGCUCCCAGCCCGCCGUCAUUGUAAAUAUAGUGGUACACUACACGUCUGGAAAGUGUCCCCCAUGCCGCACCAAACCUUUCUCCUCGGCCGUGACCCAACUUGGCUUCAGAUGGGAAGCCCCCUUUCACGUUAGUGCAGUGUUUUUAACGUGUCAGUGUUGUUUGAGCUAGAAUUGUUUUAUAAAAAAAAACAAAUUUAUAUUUCUAAGUGGAACUUUUCAAGGGAUCAUUGGAGGACUUGCUCAGCCCUAGUUUUUGACCUUUGACCUGGAAGUGUAAACCCACAGGAAGUGAGUCAUCCUAAUGGUGCACUUAUUAGAAGCCCUGCGCCCUCCUUCCCCUCCCCCCCCCCUCCCCCCCAAGCAACCUCUUUAGGGUGAGGAUGAACUGCCGUGUUGCCUGUAUCACUGUGCCUGGACUUCAGCCCGAUUCUCCUCAAAUUCGAAAGCUGAAGGUUUUUAUUAAUACUAUUAUUAUUUUUAUUUUUCCUUCGAAGCAAAUUUUAUUAAAGGAUCACCCCAAGGUGCAGAGAGGGGCCACAAAGAGCAACACAGAAACCAGGCCUGGGAUCAGAUUUAGCAUUUUUCUAAAGUAGAAAAAUAGGUAACCUAGCCCGGUGGACUGGCUCUCUACACCUUGCAGUUCUGCUCGGAAUCCAGUGGGUGGCACUGUUUCGAAAGCUGUAUCUGUUGAAUGAACCUGUGGGCGGAUUUCACCUACUGAUUAUAGCAAUAAAUGGGAAUAUGCAUCUGCUGCUGAA